AUGACGAUAACGGGGACAGUCAUAGAGAUGCCGGAAGCCACCUUAGACCUGGUCGGCCUCUUGGUCUGUCUAGCUCAGUGUCCUCAGACAGAAUUCCAGGCAGGUCUUUCCCAGAGACCCUUCCUGGGUGAGUUGCAUCCUCGGUCCCUGAGCCAAACCCUCAGCCUUCAGGUGUCUCCAGAGCUGCCAUCUGAGAUGUUUCCAUCUAGCUCCCAGGCAUGCGGUAGCACCAAGAAUGGCUGCUUGCCCUUCGGCAGCUAUUUUUCUUUCUCGGGGACAGGAGACCCAGAGAACCUCCAGUUGCCCCAAGGGAAGCCAUGGGGUGACUCCCCAUACUCGGGAGGCUUCUUGCAAGAUGCACCGCCUGGGGUGGAAGCCUUGGAUGUGUUCACUCACCCCAGAGGAGCUCAGAAACCCCAGAAGAGGAGAAUCCCAAUGAAGACACGCCGUUCCCCGAAGAAUACGCUGGUCCUGGGACUGGAAGGCAUCUUGGCUGUGUCCUCCCUGACAGCUCCUUGGAACGGUGCGCCGAAAUUCAUCACAUCCUUCCAAGAUAGUUGCUAUCAGGUUUCGUUCAAGCUGAGGCCGCACAUCCGUGAAUUCUUGGAAACGCUUGCCAAGAGCUAUGAGGUCUUCGUGUUCACCACAGCCAAACAAGAUUAUGCGGAUAAAAUUCUGGCGGCCCUUGGGCCACACCGGAAGUUGAUCAGGCACGAGCUGUACCAAGAGGACUGCAUGUGCCGGUACGGCUCCUACGUCAAGGACCUGUCGGUACUGGAGAGGGACCUGGGCAAGACAAUGGCGGUCGCGACUCACCAGGAAGCAUUCCCCUACCAGACAUCCAAUGUGCUUGUGCUCCCUCGAUGGCUGGGCAAUCCUCAGGAUAAAGAACUGCUCAGCCUGAUCCCGGUGCUAGAGAAGCUCAGCCAGGCGGUUGAUGUUCGUGCAGAAAUAGAGAUGAUCAUGACAAAAUGAUGGCCAUGGCAUCCUCUUCCGUUAUGAAUAACCCGUUCCCAAAGUUGCAAACCCUAAGACAUGACCUAGCACAGAUAUUUUGGGCUAGCUGUCCUGACAGCGUUGCUGCAAUUCUUAUUAACCGAGGGUCAGGUCACUCUGAGUUCAGUACCUCCCUUAGGCAAUGGCCAUUACUUCAGGGGAGCAGAUGCCGCCACAACCCUUGCCCUUACGGACUGGGGUGUCCCUCCAAGUGGGGUGGAGGGCACUGCAGUUCCAUCUGACACAGAAUGCAUUUUUCUGCCCUUCGCAGUGUACUGUGACGCCUGACUUGGACUGUGGGCAGUGAAGACUCUUCCUCUUUCCUCAAUCCAUCCCUUGCGGUUUUGCCGUCUCUGAACAAAACAGACAAUCCCCCCACACCCCGUUUUUUUGUCCUGACUUCUCCAAGGCCACCAUA